AAGGAACUGCUGAUGGGAUGCGACUUGUUUGGCUUUGGAAUCAAUCUUGCUGCAAGCAGGACCAUGUGGCUGCUGCUUUGGCUAGACCUUUUUGUCCUGACCAAAAGCUACGUUGAGUACGUUCCACCUGAGGUGCAGGGUGAUGGAGGCUACAGGCAUUCCUUUGAACUUCGGUAUGACAAUUCUGUCUGGGGGACUGGAAGAAAUGACUUUGGCCAACUGGGAGAUGGUUCUGUCGCUCAUCGAGUCACUCCAACAAAGGUCUUCAGAGAUGCUUCUCAAGCUUCAGCUGGAGAGUGGCAUAGCCUGUUCUUGCGGAACGAUAGCGUUGUAUUCGCAUGUGGGCGAAAUGACUUUGGCCAACUUGGAGAUGCUACCAGGGUGACUCGAAUAUAUCCAGUGCAAAUCACAAAACCGAUGAUGGCCGUAAGUGGCGGGGGCUUCCACAGCCUUUUGCUGGGCACCGACGGUUUUGCUCAGGCAACCGGGCUCAACGAUUUCGGACAACUUGGAGAUGGCUCCUAUGUGUCAAAGACGAGACCGGUGAUGGUGAUGGGGAAUGUUUCUGCCAUUGCUGCUGGUGGUCACCACAGCGUCUUUCUUCUCAAUGAUGGAACGGCAUGGACAACAGGUCGCAACCACUAUGGCCAGCUUGGAGACAGGACCACAAUUACACGUGUGCGGCCCGUCUAUGUGUUGAGCGAUGUGACGACCAUUCUCGCGAGAGAUGACUACAGUCUCUUUCUGCUUAACAAUGGAUCGCUUGUGGCUGCUGGAGACUUCAAUUCAGGCUUGCCCCGGAGUCAAACAAGCUGGAAUCCUAUUCAGAUCUUCUCGCCGGACCAGGUCCAGCAGAUCGCACUUGAUAUCUGAGUCCAACAUCUCAAAGAGGAUGUUUGCAUCAAACCUGAAGUCCUGGGACAUUCGAAGCCGUUGCUCAAAGCUAAAGGCUUUUAGAGCAUGUUUCGCCAGCAGGAAUGGAUUACACUGGAAAGACCAGAAUGGAGCCAGGAGAAAACUGGCCUACUAUCAG